CAGGCGAGCAAAGAGAUUAAGCGUAAUUUAGGCAUUUUACUCCGUGAUUUUCCAUUCAUUUACUCUGAUUGUUUGAUACUCUGAUAAUGACUUACGAUUCUUUCGACCUGAAGGUUCAAAAGCGCGGUUCAGUAGGAAGGUCAAUCGACAUGACCCGUUACAGAGGAUACGAUGAGCUCCGACAUGAUCUAGCGUGUAUGUUUGGAAUUCAAGGUCAACUAGAAGAUCCAUACAGGACCGAGUGGAAACUGGUGUACAUGGAUCACGAGAAUGACAUCCUUCUUGUCGGUGACGACCCUUGGGAGGAGUUUGUGACUUGUGUACAAAGCAUCAGGAUUUUAUCAUCUGCAGAAGUGCAGCAGAUGAGUUUGGACGGCGAGUUGGCCAACAUCCCACCGCAAGCCCAAGCAUGUAGCGGGACGGAUAAUGGGAAUAUGUGGUACGAUGAUACCUCGACCGGGUCUUUUCAUCGAUGAACGCGAAGUAAAUCGGAGUAAUAAGAUGGUAACAAUUUGAAAGGCUCUGCACAGAGAGAUAAAAGAGUUGGGUGCAUAUGAAUUUAAGAGGAUUAGACUAGACUACGAGCAAUCUACAUGCUUUUAUAGUGGAAUGAGCAAGCAGACUGCAGGUUUUCUUGUGGGGAAUGGGAAAUCUUCGCAUCUGUAGCUAAAGCAACUUUGAUGUUGGUUUGUGAGCUUUUUUUUUUAUUAUCUCUUUUUCCUCUUUUUAAUUGUGAAUGUCCCAUAGCAGAAAUUCCUAUCUGUUGUAAUUUUACCAUACGUUACUGUACAUAUAAAGUGGAGCUUAUUUUCUA